AUGACUUUAUGGCCCUAUUUUAUUCGCUUCGCUUCCCGCUUCUGUUUGUGUCUCCAUAUCAUCAUAUCCCUCCGCGUGCCCCCUCCCCCUCCCCUCUCAUGGCUCCCCAUCAUCCAUCAUUUACGCCCUCUCCUUAGAUCGAACGGAUGGGUGGUACGAUUGAUAACUGUCGUAAUGCAUACCCCUCUUCUCCCAACACCCACACCCUCACCCUGCUACUUACUGCUUGUAGGUUUAUUGGCGCGUCGAUGGUCGGUCGGUUCACGUCACCACCACCACCCACGCAGCAUGCAUUUCGGCAUGCCAUACAGCACAACAUUCCCGGCCAGCAUUACGAGACAUACAUACAAUCUGAUUGUUAACGUUAGAGCAUCGCAUUAUCUUGUACUCCUUUUUUCCGGCGUGGUUCCCCUAUUAGUCUAUCUUUUUUAG